UAAUUUGUUGAUUGCCGUGAUUAAAUAGAACAAUAGUUGAACAUUGUGUCUUAAUGACCUGAUAAAAGACCCAAGUUUAGUAUCAUUUGAAGCAUGUUUUGACAGUGUUGGGGGGCCAAAAACUGGUUUCUUGGUCUUAAAAAAAAAAUCAAUAAUAGGAGCUUGAAUUUUGAAAAAUGACCUCAACCGAACAUAUUACAAAUAAGAUGCCUUCGCCGUGGGGCUCGGAGCGCCGGCCCCUCUUGCACUACCUCUCGCUCAUCACCGUGGAGCCCACCAUGGUGCUCUACAUGAUGGCGUUCAUGACCACCUCGGUGGUGGAGCAGGCCUUCUUCGUGAACAAGGCCUGUCGUGUCAACCACGGCCUCAACGCCUCCAUUUGCGACAACCUCACCGAGUACAAGGAGCUCAACAAGGAGGUGCAAGUGACCGUGUCCAACUUCCACUUGUACAAUGACGUGGCGGGGCAUGUGGGGCCCAUCAUUUUGGCCCUGUUCAUGGGGGCUUGGUCCGACAAACGCGGCAGGAAACUGCCCCUCCUGAUCGGCCUCACCGGCAAGCUGUACUACUCGGCGAUGGUGGUGGUGAACGCCACGCAGGAUGCGUGGCCUUUGGAGUAUGUCGUGUACACGGCGACGCUACCCAUGGCGCUCACGGGGGCCGAUGUGGCCAUCUUCGCCGCGGCUUUUACCUACUUAGUGGAUGUUUCCUCGCAGGAGAGUCGCACGAUGAGGGUCACGCUCUUGGAGGUGUGCUACUUGGCGACGAUGCCCACGGGGAUUGCUCUAGGCAAAGUUCUAUUCAACCAAGUCGUGGACAAAUCCUACGCGAUUAUGUUCAGUAUCAACGUCGCUCUUUUAGUCCUGUCGAUAGUCUACAGUUAUUUGCGACUAGAUUGGCGGACGAAUAACCGCCAAAAGCCGCUGAGUGAAGCCCCGAAUCUCUUCACCGACUUUUUCGAUUAUAACCACGUCGUGGAUACGGGAAAAACACUCUUCAAGUCACGACGUCAUAACCGGAGGUCUUACCUCCUGAUUUUAAUCCUAAUGAUGGCUUUUUACACGUUUCAAAGAGACGAAAAAGCCAUGAGCUAUUUAUACGUCCAAUUGAUAUUCAAGUGGACAUUUGACGAGUUUAGUAAUUUUCGGACGGUACAAUCGGCCAUCCAGGACGUCUUCCUCCUCCUCGCUAUGCCACUAAUGAGCAGAGUCUUCGGCUGGAGGGACACAAUCAUCAUCAUGAUUGGUGCCCUAGCGCACUCCGUGGGGCGAAUUUGCUUCGCCAUGGCCGACGACGCGUGGAUGUUCUAUCUAGGAGGCGUAUUUGUGGCAAUUGGCCCCAUCGUAGCCCCCGUGAUUAGGUCAAUGGUCUCCAAAUUAGUCGCAAAUUCCGAAAAAGGUAAAACGCUCUCAGUGCUGGCAGUUGCAGACAACGCCAUUCCCCUAAUUUCGGGUACGAUGUACAGUAAAGUGUACAAUGCGACUAUUCACACGCAUCCUAAUGCAAUUUUUUAUCUCACGAUGGCCACUCAAAUGGCCGUUUUUGUUUUAAUCUUAUUCAUUCAUAUCAAAGCAAAAGACGAGUAUCUCAUCCAUGAGGACGAAGAGGUAAAAACCGAGUGCCUCGAAGAUGAUUCCUGACCAGUAUUGCUCAAGAAAACACCAAAAACAUUCCUAAUUUUUAUAUUUGACUAGUUUUUAACAAUAAAUUAAAAAAAAAUCAC